UGCGGAUACAAUACAGAGACAAACCACUGCUAAACCAACCCUGUGCAAUACAGAGACCAAACAAACUCCAGCGGCUUCUAACCUGUGUAAUACAGAGAUCAAACCUCUGCUAAUCCCACUGAACAGACUGCAAGUUCAUUGUGGUCCCACUCUGUGCAGCACAAAUCCCUCUCCUAUUGGGGUCCCACUCAGUGUAUACCUGAUCCCUACCCUGUGGGGGUCCCUCUCUGUGUAUAUUCCAGACCCCUUCCCUGUGGGGGUCCCUCUCUGUAUAUAUUCCAGACCCCUUCCCUGUGGGGGUCCCUCUCUGUGUAUAUUCCAGACCCCUUCCCUGUGGGGGUCCCUCUCUGUGUAUAUUCCAGAUCCCUACCCUGUGGGGGUCCCUCUCUGUAUAUAUUCCAGACCCCUUCCCUGUGGGGGUCCAUCUCUGUAUAUAUUCCAGAUCCCUACCCUGUGGGGGUCCCUCUCGGUGCAGUGCAGCACAUGUCCCCCCCGGAUAGCAGGAUUUGGCAGUGCACCCCAAGCAGAUGUAACCCAGCUCAGUCUGGUAGCACACACUGGCAUUUCCUCUGAGCUCACAGAAAAUAUGACGCAGCCCCAGCCUCCCUCGGAAGAGGAAGUUUAACUCUGAAUAACGGUCAGGCUGCACAAGCCGGGAAAAAAAAAAGGGACCACGACCCAGCAAUUUGGAAGACUGGAGCAUCCAGUGACCAGCAGGAAGCACCCCAUACUCCAUCUCCCCCUGACUGUCCUGCACACCUAGAGGAGCAUGGGCUGACAUCUCAUCUGUCUGGGGCAGGAUGACAGUGUACUCAUUGAAUCUGAAAGUCUUCUGGCUCCUGGUUGCCUUCCUCUUUACAUGCAGUUGGUGGUUGUUUCUGGCCCUGAGGAGAGACAGCAAUGUCGAGGAAGGAGGGGGCUGCCAGGAGAAUGGGUUCACUCACUUGCAACUUCUGCUCAAACUUUGUUUUGUGUUCCUGCUCUUUUACAUUGUCCUCAGGUGUUGCAACUCCACCUCAGCAUGCAGGCAUGGAAACCAGGAUCUCACCAUCCACCAGGAGGUGCAACAGCAGCAACUGAGAAGAAACUUGUUGGAGUCCUUCUAUGAGCAUCAUAUCAAACUCUCCCCCCAUGUCUUGGGUCACAGCAAAGCACACGUUAGCCAGAUUGUGGGAGAACUGAUCAAAGUUGGCAAAGCUAAGCAGCAGGACACCGGCGUGACAUUCAGGGGAGACUUUGUUCAGAUCGGCAGCGCUUACGAGCAGCACAAAAUCAACAGCCCUGACUGCUUCGAUAUCCUCAUGCCACUAAAGAUACCACAAAGUCUGAAGCUGGAGCCACUGUUUGCUGUCGCUGGCAAGGAGUCCACCGCGCCUGUCUUGCAAGGCAGUACCAUGUGCCGAGUGGCAGCGCCCAAAAAAUCCGAGUGGGUCAAGACGUACAAGCAGUUUAGCGACUAUUUCUGUUCCGAGACGUUGCACGGCCACCAACUUUCCUCUGCCCUGGUCCUCAAGUGGUUCCACUGGAAAAUUCAGAGGUGUCUCAACGUCAUUAGGUACCAGUUUGAAGAGAGGUGUCAUAUCACACUGAGCGUGUGCGAUGACAAAUUAAUUCUUAAAAUAUUGCCAAGAUCGGAUUAUGUUUGUUGCCACAUUUCCAUGUCCGUACGCCUUAUCCCGGCCUUUCACCUGGGUGACUCUGUGUUCCUUACAGCCCAAGUUUGGAGUGGUCCUUCUCAUUUGGAAUCUCUAAACCAUGAUGCGCACUGGGGCAUCAAUUUUUCCAAACACGAGCAAAAGUUUUUGAAUUGGUUUAAGGACCAAGCUCCCGCCAACUCAUGCCACCUAAAGUGCCUUCAGGUCAUGAAAGCCUUGAGAGAUCUGAACACUGUUACAUUUCAGCCUUUUUUAUACUCACAGUGGAAAGCUAUUCUUUCAUCUUACAAUCUGAAAACUGUACUUUUUUACUUAUUAGUAAAGAUCCCCUUGGAAAAAUGGGAUGAUACCUUACUCAUGGACAGAAUGAUGGACUUUUUUCUAUUCUUAAAGGAGUGUUUGCAGAGUCGGGUCCUCAUGCAUUUCUUUCUGGGGAAUAAAAACCCUCCGAAUGUUAUUACUUUGCCAAAAAUGUUCAAAGAUGCGCAGCCAGUCAACUUGCUGGAGGGAUACGAGUCAGAGUUAUUGGAUCAAGUGUGUUUUCAACUUUUCAACAUGUGGAUCCAAAUGCCACGAAUUCUAAGGAUACGUUCCAGUCCAAAAAGCAUUUUCAGGGACCCAUCCAGAUGUAAACAUUCAAAUAUUUAAUUGUUAUUCCAAAAAUUGAACAAGGGCAGUUUGAAGGACACAGCUUUAGAAAUAGAAAACCAGCAUGACGGAAACUUUCAGUCAUUUGUCCUUAAGGGGUUUAUUCGUAACUAAUGCAUCGGAAGCUUUUUGGGAAUAAAAGUCUUUCUAAAUGCAAUUUGUAUGGGUAUUGAAGAGUUAAAAAACAAGCUUCUAGGUAGCCAGCAAGUAAUUUUUUGAACGUCACUAAACUUAAUCUCCAAUAAUUUACAACUAGGCUUAUUCACUACAAUGAGAAUUGUCAGGAAAUCAAAGUGAAUUUCAAAUUUAAGACUAAGUAAGCGAACUGG